AUGGCAGAGGAUUCCCUCUCCAGACUGUGCAAGAUCUGCCAUAUAAACUUGCCCAAGUACACGUGUCCGCGCUGCACUGCCCGUACAUGCUCGCUUCCCUGCUCCAGACAGCACAAGCUAUGGGCUGAAUGUUCUGGCGUCCGUGAUCCCGCCGCGUAUAUCAAACAGCAAGACCUGGUUUCCCCCGCGGCGUUCGAUAAGGAUUAUAACUUCCUUACGGGCGUCGAGCGGUCCCUGGAACGCGCAGACAGGGAUGCCGAGAAUAGAGGAAUUUAUUUUGGCAAAACAGCGAGCCAUAGGAAGCAGGCCGAGGAUGCCGAGCUCUCUCUACUAAAGAGGUUUGAACUUCGGGAAAUUGAUGUUAUACGGGCUCCAAAAGGGAUGACCCGGAGCAAACAAAAUAUGACGAACUGGCAUAAGAAGCGGAGGUGCCUCAACUGGACCUUGGAAUUUGUUUUUCCGGGUGGUGAAAGGGCAUUUACCAAAUGCGUCGAAACAGACACAAUAGGAACAGCAUUUUCGAGGAUGGAGUAUGCAGAUGAACAUAAUAUGAUAAAAAGGCCACCGAAAAAGAAGAGAAAACGUCAAUCCGCCACAAAAAAGGAGUGCCUCGACUCACAUCCACCGAACGAAACCGAUAGCACCAGGCCACAAUCAUUACAGAUCGAACGAGAGCGAUCGCGUACCCUUAGUCCCGAAGUUCUUCAGCCUUCCAUUGAUAGCACCCCAAAAUGCGCCCUUCCCAAUAUUGACCCUAAUAUUCACUUUUACCUACAUCGACCCCGAACUCGCGCGCAGGUCCCUGUGCUUCUCCCCAUUUCUCAGACCACUGCAUUAUGCGAGGCUCUUCGAGGGCGAUCAAUACUUGAGUUUCCAACUGUAUAUGUUUUAUCCAGUGCGACGGACGGGUAUGUUAAUGUCCCACAUAUGCUUGAAGAAGACUACCUGAAGCAAUACGGCACGGAGGAUACAAAUGCAAGGCAAAUCGAGGAGAGAGACCCCGAACUGAACGAAUCCUUUCAAGGCAAGUCGAUUGAAGAGGCCUCUAGGCUGGAAAAUAUCGAUGAGUCUCGAGUGUUAGAAGUAUUGAAACAGGAUGUGGGAUGCUGGGGACAGAAGAGGCGGAGCCUUGCAGACAUAGGAACAUGUCGACUUCCCGCGCGCAAUAUUGCACACGUUCGGUUGUAUCUUAUCUGCCGUGCCGACUUUGCCUCCGCAUAUAAAGACUCCUUGGGUUUCCGUUAUGAGUGCCCGGUGUCGGCUAUUCAGUUGGCACAAGCCUUGUUCAUAAUGUUGUCUUUUGGCCUGCUUCUCUCUGUUGCCCAUCUCCUAUUCGGGCUUGAGGCAGUGAUUGCCUCGCCUGCAAAUGGGUUCAAAUUAGCAGAACGACUCCCCACCAUCCCAGACGGAUGGACCCAAGGAGAUCGUGCCGAUGCCGCAAGUCUUGUCCACCUCAAGCUCUCUGUGCGUGCGAAAAACCCCGAAUUGUUACAUCGCACUCUCCUCGAGAUUUCGACCCCCGGUAGCCGUCGCUAUGGUCAGCACAUGAAACGUGAUGAAGUUCAAGCUAUGGUGGCCCCCGAUCCCAAGGCCUCAGAUGGCCUUGUUGCCUGGCUCCGGGAAGGGGGUGUGAAGGUCGAGAAUAUUGACAACCGUGGAGACUGGAUCGACUUCUCCACCACCGUUGAUAAGGCAGAACGACUACUCAACACUCAAUUCUAUCACUUCAUGGACAAAUCCAAUAAGGUCCGUAAGAUUCGAUCGCUGGAAUACUCGCUACCCUCUGGAAUCUCACGGCAUGUGCGAACUGUUCAACCAACUACAUUUUUUGGACAAAUGGAGCAUCAUCGCAGUCACAUCCUUAGACCAAUCAAGUCAAUGUCUGAUUUUGGAAGUAGCGCUGCUCUAAACACGCCGGCGACCCUUCGUCAGCUAUACAGCAUGCAGGGCUUCAAAGUCACAAACAAAACUAGAAAUUUACUUGGUGUUUCUGGGUACCUCGACCAGUAUGCUCGAUAUAGUGAUCUAAAUACUUUCAUUCAACGAUAUGCCCCCGAAGCGAAAGGUGCGACAUUUUCCGUCGAGCUUCUCAACGGCGGAAAGAAUGAUCAAAAUUCCCGCCAUGAUUCCGUGGAGGCUAGCCUUGAUAUUCAGUAUGCUGUCAGCCUUGCGUACAACACUAGUGUUACCUACUACUCUGCUGGAGGCCGUGGCCCACUAGUCCCAGAUAAUGAACAACCAGACCCGAAAGACAACCAGAAUGAACCUUACAUGGAGCAGCUUAAAUACUUCGCUAGUCUUCCAGAUGACAAGAUUCCCACUGUUUUGUCAACCUCGUACGGCGAAAACGAGCAAAGUGUGCCUAAGGAGUAUGCCAAAUCCGUAUGUGAUGAAUUCGCAAAGCUGGGGGCUCGGGGUGUGUCUGUGAUUUUCAGCAGCGGUGAUAGUGGAGUCGGAGCUGGUUGUCAAACAAAUGAUGGGCAGAAACGAGCUCGGUUCAACCCCAUUUUCCCAGCUGCAUGUCCAUACGUAACAUCGGUGGGAGCCACCGAGAGUACCAGCCCCGAAAAGGCGGUAUCUUUCUCAUCUGGUGGGUUUUCUGACGUGUUUCAGCGUCCCACAUAUCAGAACCAAGCCGUGAGUGCGUUCUUGUCGCAGCUAGGCGAUAAAUUUUCGCAGUACUUCGAUAGGAACGGCCGUGGCUUCCCCGAUGUUGCUGCUCAGGGAGUGGACUACGCCGUGUAUGACCACGGACGCGUACGGCCAGUAGGCGGAACUAGUGCCUCUGCACCAACCAUCGCUGCCAUCAUUUCCAACCUCAAUGAAGUGCGGCUAUCGCAAGGGAAACCCGUUCUUGGAUUCCUCAACCCUUGGCUGUACAGUAAGGGCCACCAGGGCUUCACGGACAUUGUCAACGGCGCUGGAACGGGCUGCAACGGCGCGCACGGCGGGCCCCGCAUUCCCGGGGCAGCAUGGAAUGCCGUUAGGGGAUGGGAUCCAGUCACUGGGUUCGGGACGCCCAACUUCAAGAAGUUGAUGGCAUUGCUACCAGCAUCGACGCCAGCAACACCACGAUGCUACUGUUCUAGCCAUUUCUGCCCCUACAAGCCAUACAGCUACUAUGUUGAUAUCGAGCUAGCCAUGGUUUCUUUCUGGCCGUGGAGGGGCCCGGAUAACUCCCCAGCGUCCUUCGAGAAAGCUCUGUCGCAGCUGUCCAAGAGAUUAGCAGAAACAAACAGCCAUCUCGAUAGGCUCCGCCAGCGCUCUCGUCGCUUCAAAGCGCUCUGGACACUGUAUACGACCUUCAUCUACAUCCUCUACUCGGUCAUUCUAGUCCUUGUUCUAGGCCGUGAGCGAUGGGGCCCGCUUGAAUAUACGAGCCUUUGCGGCGGCCCAGUUCUCAUCUACCUCGUCCGAGCCGCUGCAGCUAGUUUCUACAGUUAUCGCAUAUCCAAAUCGCAAGCCGUGCUCGACGAUCUCCAAAAACAACGGAAUGAUACAAUUGAGAAGCUGAAGGAGGCCACGAAGUACAAUUCCACUCAGCAGCUUCUAGAGAAAUAUGGCGGAGCACCAGCAACACCACAGCGCGCAAACGAGGACGCGGAUACCGUAGAAGGACCCAACGGAAAGAAGCGCAGGGAUCUUGAGCGUCAGGCGUCUCCGCAUCCCCCCUCUAAUAGAACCGGACUCUCUCCUCCGCCUACAGCAAACAUUCCGAGACUGUCUAGCCCGGCUUCUACCCCCCAGCCCCCACCAGAUCGCCCUCAAACCUCCGGUGGCAUCGCAUCGCACCCCCUACCUCAAAUUACCUCACUAGAUGAGCCGGGAUUUCACCCAAACGCAUUUCCUACAUCAUUCUAUAGCGAAUCUCGCCAACCUAAGUGGUACGACCGCGUGCUCGAUGUCCUACUAGGCGAGGACGAAACGCUGCCGAAAAACCGAGUAGUCCUUAUCUGCCAGCAAUGUCGCUUGGUCAAUGGCCAAGCACCUCCCGGCGUCCGGACUGAGGAAGAGCUAGGAGCAUGGAGAUGCGGUAGCUGUGGAGCUUGGAACAACCAAAACGACAAGUCACAAAAACUGGCUACCGAUACUCUCCCUAACCCUUCACCCCUUUCCAACGAUUCUCAGACUCGCAGCAAAAGCGUCCCUGAUAAUCUUGGGCAAAUAGUCGCCGCUGUGGAAAGCCUAAACUCUGUUGAUGAACCAUCCCAUGUACCUCCAGAGACCGUUCUCAGUGCAGAAGGUGAAGAUCGCUGA